AUGGCAUACCAGUCAUACAGAAAUACCACUUUGGGAAACAGUCUUCAGGAAAGCCUUGAUGAGCUCAUACAGGCCUCUCUAAACAUGUGCAGAUUCUGUGAUGAGGUGUGGACUUUUGUAUUGAAUGAUGUUGAAUUCAGAGAGGUGACAGAACUUGCUAAAGUGGAUAAAGUGAAAAUUGUAGCCUGUGAGGGUAGAAAUACUGGCUCCAGUACUACAGAAUGA